GAUUUAUUACCAACAACAGAGCAGGAAUGAUUUUGAGGCGAAUUAGCCCUGUCGAUCUAGUCCCUGAUGGAUGAAGCUAAACAGUUCAACCAUCAUUGACCAACUGCUCACUCGACUAUGUACAGUCACAUCCCAUGGAUUCGGACAUCCAUUGACCGCCUCCGUCUCGUUCCCCAUAUAUCCGACCAUACCAUACCUACCCUCCCAUGGUCCACUCCUACAGUCUACUGACUCCCUCCCUCUUGGGUACUCACUCAUAACUUCAGGUACAAAUACAUUAAUUCCCUGAUCGUCUCCUCUUCUUCUCUACUCCCAAUCCCUUCCGAUCCAUUCCAUCCCAUCCGCCAGCUCCGUUGCUCACGUAACUGUACUUCCCCCCAGGCCAUUCAUCCCCUCAUACUAUUUAUUAAUUAUCCCACCCACCCCCUCUCCAUCCCCGCCUGAACACAUACCUCCCAUCUUUGCUCACUACACAACAACUCAUCCACACCCUCACAAUGGCCAUGCAAUCCUCACGAGUCUUCUCGCGUGCUGUCAAGCAUGCUGCUGCCAGCACAAAGCAAUCUCGCAGCCUCCACAUGACUGGCCCAGCUACUUUCUCGAAUCUCCUGACCUCGGAGCGACCCGCCAUCAACCUCCCUUCGGACCUUGCUGGUCUUCGCGCUGAGUGCCAGAAGCAGAACCUACCCACCACUGGCUCAAAAAUGGAGCUUAUCAACCGCCUCUCUGCACAUGAUUUGACUGGAUCCCGCGCCUUCAGCACUGCUUACCAGGACUCAAAACGACCCGUCACCGAGGCACUCAACAUCUCUUCCCCAAUUCGACACUUCAACACAAGCCGCGACCUCAAGCAGAUCAAGGACAGCUCCACAAUCGAUUUCACCUACUACCCAGACAUUGACCCGGACACUGGUGUCGAGCCCGUACUCCGCGUCCCCAUCCUCCCAUAUCUGCAUUCGAAUGCCGCAGAGAUAGAUGAUGUUGAUGACCCCGUCAUGAUCCCCACAAUCUAUACCGCCGCUGCUGACGGAACCCACAUCCACGCCCCCUCCCACCUCUCCGAUGUGACGGACAACAACUCAAUCGACUUCGAGGGCAUGGCCACAACCAUUGCCCAGCAUUUCAGUAGAUCGUCCAGUUCCGGUGAGAGCAUGGCCCGCCAGGUCUGGUCUGACCUCGUGGACGAUGUCUUGGGCCCCAAGAAACAGCAGUCCUAGAUUCGGCAGCCAUUGUCUGCGUGGGCCACAGAAGGCGAAGGAGAUAGACAUGUAUGAGACUAUACCACGAUAUCCAUGAGAUGGGACUGAGGUUCCCUAUUAGUAUGCCGAAAUUGCCGGCUAUUGUAACUCUUUUGUAAUUCCAGACCGUAUUUCAUUCCUUUCUCUUUAACGUUCACAUCUUUUUUUAUUUCGUCGUCACGAUAACGGUGAACCCUCGAGAGACGAUGUGAGAAGAAGGACCCGAGAACCCGAGAGCAAGGAACCAGAUG